AUGCCGCCUUGCUGCGGGAGCAAUGGGCCUCCGAAGCCGGAGCUGGUGAUGGCCGUUUACCUGCCCAGCCCUGAGCCGGAGGAGCCGGGCAGACAGCUGCCUCCUGGCCCAGCGAGGGCGCUGAGAAAGUCAAGGAGCCCCUCAGACCCGCACCAUGGGGAGGACCAGUUGCUCCAGCAAACCGGGGCCUCCUGUGCCGGGAGGGGACUGCCCCAGGGCCCCGGGGACAGAGGGCGGCUGCAGGCGGAUGAUGCCCUGCCUCCUGACCUUGGGCUGGGCUGUGUGGUUCCACUGGCAGCAGGGUAUGAGGGGCAGCGGUCUGUCAGGAUAGACGAGCCCAUGCUUGCCCCCUCGUGGGCCUUCGCCCUGGAUCCCGUGCCCCCGUCAGUUUCCCUGCCCUGUCCCAUGGGGAGGCCACCAGCCCACGGCUCCUGUUCAUUCCCCAGCUGGGCCGGCCGCGGGGAGCACUGCGUGAGCCCCGGGCUUCCUCACCGUGCCCUAGCGUGUGGGACUCCCCGCCAUGUGUGUGUCCAGAUCACAGAACCUGAGAUGGCAGAGGGAGCCCUGUGCGGGGGCCCCAGGCAGUCAGGGAGCUCCCUCCCGGCUCUGCUCCCUGUGCCAGCCUCCGCGUGCAGGGCUGUCACCGGCCCCUCUCACCUGGGACCUGACCGCCGCACGGAGCGGCCCCUCGUCCCCUCCAGCCCCGCCGGGCCCUCCACGCCCCCCGGGGGCCUUCCUGGUCCCAGCCGCUGCCUCCCCACGUCGCUGGAGCCCGAGGAACCGGCUGCCCUGGGGACACAGGCCGCGUGGAGACGCGGGCCCAGGAGGGACCUUCUCCUCUUUCGGACGCGGGGACACCUGGAACUCACCCUUCCCUUGGAUCCGCCCGAGAGGAGGCCUCAGAGCUGGUCCUGA